UCAGCACCACCACGGCCACCAAUUAAAAGUUGUCCACCGAUAAGCCGAAUAUUUCCUCAUAGAACAUCUCAUAAACCUCAAGUAGUUUCAUUCAGAAGUUCAGAAAAUUCUUUUCUAAGUACUAGGUACAAUGAAAACAACAAAGAUUUAUAUUUUGAGCAGUGUUUUGUUGUUUUGAGUAAACUUGGUGCUGGUUCUUUUGGAGAGGUUUUCAAAGUACGAAGUAAAGAAGAUGGAUGUCUGUAUGCAGUUAAAAGAACACAAGUUCGUUUCAGAGGAGAGUCUGACAGGAGAAGAAAACUUGAAGAAGUUGCCAAACAUGAAAAACUACCACCUCAUCAAAAUUGUGUUCACUUCUAUAAAGCUUGGGAAGAAAGACAACAUCUUUACAUUCAGAUAGAAUUGUGUAAAAAUAGUUUAAAUGAAGCAGCUGAUGGAUAUCAUGAAUUAAGUGAACCAAUGUUGUGGAAUUAUCUUGUUGAUUUACUCAUGGCUGUUAAACAUCUACAUGAUAAUGACUUAAUACACAUGGACAUUAAACCAGAAAAUAUCUUUAUAUCUUUUGAUGGAAUGUGUAAAUUAGGAGAUUUUGGUUUAGUAUUAGAUGUUACAAAGGUAGAUUUAUCAGAGGCCCAAGAAGGUGAUCCUAAGUAUUUAGCACCUGAAUUAAUGCAAGGCAAGUUUGGAAAACCAGCGGAUAUUUUUAGUUUGGGUAUGACGAUGUUGGAACUAGCUAGUGAUUUAGAUCUACCAAGAGGUGGGGAAGGUUGGCAUAUUCUACGAAGAGGAGAGUUGCCAGAAGAGUUUCUCAGAGAUAAAAGUUUUGAUUUAAAGUAUGUGAUACAUCAUAUGUUAGAUAAAUGUCCUGGUAGUAGACCUACAGUAGAUCAAUUAUUACAGUUUCCUUCAGUAAGAAAAGUAAGUACAUUAUAA